GCUGGAUGUAAUGUGACACUGGAGCUGGGAGAUCAUGAGAGAGCGCACCAUACUUCAGCAGCGCCGCGGAUAAUAGCACUCCUCCUCCGGCGGGAUUUAACCGGGUCUGAGUGUUGGAUGGCCAGGCGAUAGGGUCAGAGACGCUCCUGCAGGAUGAAUUCUCUCCCGUCUAUGGACAGACACAUCCAGCAAACCAGCGACCGCCUCCACUGCAUCAAACAGCACCUGCAGAAUCCAGCAAACUUCCAGACGGCGGCGACAGAGCUGUUGGACUGGUGUGGAGAUCCACGAGCGUUUCAGCGGCCCUUUGAGCAAAGCCUGAUGGGAUGCCUAACGGUGGCGAGUCGUGUCGCAGGUCAGCAGGGUUUUGACAUGGAUCUGGGGUAUCGGCUGCUGGCCGUUUGUGCUGCAAACAGGGACAAAUUCACCCCUAAAUCAGCAGCGUUGCUGUCCUCGUGGUCUGAGGAUCUGGGUCGACUUCUGCUGCUGCGUCAUCAGAAAAGCAGACAACCCGAUCCAUCUGUGGGCAAGAACCCGAUGCAGGCCAACAUCAAUAACAUAAAACCGGCUCUGUCACACGAUGAUGCAUCAUUUCAAUAUGACUCCGUCUCCUGGCAACAAAACACCAAUCAGCCGCCGGGUUCUGUUUCCGUGGUGACCACCGUAUGGGGUGUGACCAAUACAUCACAGAGUCAGGUGUUGGGGAGCCCCAUGGCAAACUCAAAUAUCCAUAUUAACCCUAUGACGGGAGGUAAUGGAGGUAUGAACCCGGGACAGUUUACCGGACACCAGCAGUUUUCCUCUAAGGCCAAUCCAAACCAGGCCUAUAUGCAGCCGGGGAUGUACGGGAGAUCCGGUUACCCCGGAGGAGGAGGAUUCGGGAGCAGUUACGGGGGCGGACUUAACCACGCCGGUGGGAUGGGCCUGCCUUCACAGACACGCCCCCCUUCUGACUUCAGCCAACCAGCUGCUGCCGCCGCCGCCACUGCUGUAGCUGCUGCCGCUGCUACGGCGACCGCUACAGCCACGGCGACGGUUGCCGCGCUACAGGAGACGCGACACAAGGACAUGAACCAAUGCGGCCCGAUGUGUUCCUCCUUUCAAAUGGGACCAAACCAGGCUUACAGCACUCCGUUUGUGAAUCAGCCCGGCCCCCGGGGGCCCCCUGCUCACCCUGGGGCCAUGAAUGGGGGGCAGAUGGGGCCGUACGGGGGUCAGAGAACGCCCCAGCAGGGCUACGGGCCACGGCUAGUGCAGGGGGUGAAGAGACCGUAUCCUGGAGAGGGGAGCUACGGGCCGCAGUACGGACCAAACGGUCUGUUUUGCUCUCAGCAGGGUCAGUAUCCUCGCCUCUCCUCAGCUCAGAGACAGUACCAGGCCUGCGGCAUGGGACAGUUCUGCAAGGAACCCAGCAGUAACUUCAGCACGGGAAACUUUCAUUACAGUGCGCCUCCGCGGCCGAUGGGCAGUUACCCUCACUCUCCGUUGCCGGGUGACCCCACGCCCCCCGUGACCCCAGGAAGUAAUAUGCCACCGUAUCUGUCACCAAACCAGGACAUGAAGCCCCCGUUUCCUCCUGAUAUCAAGCCCAACAUUAAUGCACUGCCGCCUGCUCCAGGUAACCCUAACGAGGAGCUCCGGCUGAUGUUCCCGGUUCGGGACGGUGUGGUUCUGGAGCCGUUCAAACUGGAACACAACCUGGCCGUCAGUAAUCACAUCUUCCACCUGCAGCCCACCGUCCACCAGAUGCUCAUGUGGAGGUCUGAUCUGGAGCUUCAGUUCAAGUGUUAUCAUCAUGAAGACAGACAGAUGUACACGAACUGGCCGGCGUCUGUGCAGGUCAGCGUCAACGCCACACCGCUCAGCAUCGAGCGCGGCGACAACAAGACUUCCCACAAACCCCUGCACCUGAAACACGUGUGUCAGCCGGGCCGAAACACCAUCCAGAUCACCGUGACGGCCUGCUGCUGUUCGCACCUGUUUGUCCUUCUGCUGGUUCACCGGCCGUCGGUUCGAUCGGUGCUGCAGGGCUUACUGAGGAAGAGACUCCUCACCGCCGAACACUGCAUCACUAAAGUGAAGAGGAGCUUCAGUAGUGUGGCUGUGUCUGUCGGUGAUGAUGGAGUGGAGCAAACGUCCAUCAGAAUCUCUCUAAAGUGUCCAAUCACGUUCAGGCGCAUCCAGCUGCCGGCGCGAGGCCAUGACUGCAAACACAUGCAGUGCUUUGAUCUGGAGUCUUAUCUAGAGCUGAACUGUGAGCGGGGCUCAUGGAGAUGUCCGGUGUGCAAUAAAGCGGCUCUGUUAGAAGGUCUGGAGGUGGAUCAGUACAUGUGGGGGAUUUUGAACGCUCUCCAGAACUCAGAGUGUGAGGAGGUCACGAUAGACCCGUCGUGCAGCUGGAGGCCGGUGCAGAUCAAAUCUGAGCCGCACAUAAAGGAAGAUCCGGACGGGUUGAUGUCCAAGCGCUUCAAAACCACGAGUCCCAGUCAGAUGGUGCUGCCCAAUGUGAUGGACAUGAUCUCUCAGCUCGGCCCGGGAGCGUCUCCGUACCCCAACCAGAACCUCCAGCAGCAGAACAGCAGCACUAACCAGUACAACAGUCCAGGCAACCGUUUCCAGGGCCACAGUAAGUUUGGUGACUAUCCCCAUGGCAACGCUGCAGCAUCAUCAUCAUCAGUGAGUGAGUUCGUUCAGGGGCCGCACCUGUCUCACCCCCCCGCUGACCUUUCGACCUCUGAGAGCCUGACGCACACGCUACAGGACAGCGUGAGUCUCAGAACCACAACCAGCUUACAGCCAUCAGUACAUACAGACUCGCAGCAGGUGGCGCUCACACACAGAAACUCCUGA